AUGGACGAAAUCAUCUCUGGAGAAAUAGAUAUUUAUCAGAAGCUAGGGCUCGCGUCAGAUGCUACUCAGCUGCAGAUAAGUAAGGCAUACCGACGUCAGGCACUACAGUUGCAUCCAGAUAAGAACUCAUCGCCAGAAGCCAACAGUGAAUUCCAGCUCCUUAAUGUCAUCUACAGCAUCCUUUCAGACCCCGACAUCCGUACACGAUAUGAUAGGCUCCGAGCCAAGGUUUCAGAGGUUUCUGAUGGGUCUACUUGGGAAGAUCGAGCGCAGGAGUUCCGAGUAAAGCUUCAGAAGGCAGAAUCUGACAAAAGAACACGAGCCGCAAAGGAGCAGUUGCUGAAUGCUGGCAAUGCGACCAAUUUGGCCAAGUUAGAAAUGGCAGGACUCCGUCUCAGGUACGAGUAUCAGCUGCUGCGCCCAGCAUCUAAAGACUACGUGUCUUUUAAAGAUCUCCAUCAGAACCAGAUAAUUCAACGUUUAUCUCCUUCAAAACAGGUGGAAGUACAAUGGAAACAGAAGGAAGAUGAGGAUGCAAUUAUCGACGAUAAGAUUUUGGGAGCGAUCAUGUCAAUAUUUGGAGUGGUGGUACUGAGUCACACGACCCACGUACUGGCACGUUACGCAGUGGGAAUUGUCGAGUUCGAGAGAGCUGAGGAUGCCCAAAGGGCAGCCAGUCACAACUUCAAAGAAAGUGCCAGGCUCUGGGAUGGAAGCAAAUACCGCAAGCGUGCUAGUUUAUUGCGAGCUUGUAAGGUUGUCCAUGUGAACCCAAGUAUCAUGUCAAUAGUAGAUCUGCGAUAA